GAUUUUUAUUAGCAGAAUAAACAAUAGGCAUCUCUAUUUAAAUGGUAUAUAAUUACGUUUUAAAGUUGAAUGUUGUUUUGUUUCAGAAUUAGUGGAAUAUGUACAUAUCAAAAAAAACUGUUCAAUUAGUUUCUGCUGCUACAGUAGGAUUCGGAACAUUGGCAUCAUUAAGAGCAAAUGAGUAUGAUUUUAGUGCAAUUGGAAUUGUACGUCUAUGCCGUGCAGCAGUUACUGUUUAUGUAAUAGGAAGUCAUUAUAAAAAAUCAUUGUAUAAUAGUAAUUUAGAUAAAAAAUGUAAGGAAUAUCAACUUAGAAAAUCUGAAGCACAUGCAUUUGGAGCAAAACAGUUAUUGAAACUUUGUUGUGAUAAUAAAGGAGUUUAUAUAAAAGUUGGACAGCAUAUCGGAGCUUUAGAUUACCUUUUACCAGAAGAGUAUGUUAAAACCAUGAAAAUUUUACAUAAUUCUGCACCGAAAUCAUCAUUUAAAGAUGUUCUAACAGUGUUACAGGAAGAUUUCAAGAAAAAUCCAUAUGAAAUAUUUGAAUCCAUAGAGAAAGAACCCCUUGGUACGGCUAGUUUAGCACAGGUACAUAAAGCUGUUUUAAAAAAUGGUCAUCCAGUAGCAGUAAAAGUUCAACAUCGAACUGUUAAAACAAAUUCUUAUGUUGAUAUAAAAACUAUGUCAGUUUUAGUCAAAAUUACUUCUUGGAUUUUUCCAGACUUUAAAUUUGAUUGGUUAGUAGAUGAAACAAAAAAAAAUAUCCCUAGAGAACUUGAUUUCAAUUUGGAAGGCAAAAAUGCAGAAAAAGUUAAAAUGUUAUUUAGUAAUUAUAGUUGGCUACACAUACCAAAAAUUUAUUGGGAUGUUUCAUCAAAUCGAGUUUUGACAAUGGAAUUUAUUGAUGGUGGACAAGUUAAUGAUAUUAAAUAUUAUCAAGAUAACAAAAUAAAUCCUUAUGAAAUUAGUAAUAAAUUGGGUUCCUUAUACAGUCAUAUGAUAUUUAUUACUGGAUUUGUUCAUUCAGAUCCACAUCCAGGGAAUAUUAUGAUAAGAAAAAAUAAUAAUAAACCUGAAAUUGUACUUUUAGAUCAUGGAUUAUAUGCUGAACUAUCGGAUAAGUUCCGAUGGGAAUAUUCUAAAUUAUGGCUUGCUAUUUUAAAUAGUGAUAAAGUUGCUAUGCAAAAGCAUUCUGCAAAUUUAGGUGUAAAUGACAUGUAUGGAUUAUUAGCCUGUAUGGUUUCUGGUAGGACAUGGGAUACAAUUAUAAAUGGUGUACAAAAAAUAAGAUAUAGUUCUGAUGAAAAAGAUCUUUUCCAGAAAGAAAUACCAGAUUUGUUACCAAAAAUUACCGAAGUAUUAGAGAAAGUUAAUAGAAAUAUGUUAUUAGUUUUGAAAACAAAUGAUUUAAUUCGUAGUAUCGAGUACAAUUUAAAUACACAUACUCAAAUGUCUGCUUUUUUAGAGAUGUCAAAAUGUUGUGUGAAAUCUGUUUAUGGAGAAAAACUAAAAAAUUGUACAUCAAGAUGGUCAAUGUGGUUCAUAUUUUUACAAGAACAAUGGUCACUUUUUAAAAUUGUUUUAUAUUAUACAUAUCUAGGCAUGGCAAACUUUAAUAUAAAAGUUUAG